UCCUGUCUUUUGCUCAAGGGUAUGAUGGCAGUGCCUCAUCUAGGAUUUAAACCUCCAAUCUCUUAGUUACAUAUCAAAUUCCAUAACCACUAGUUUGCUUUCCUAUCCUGAAAUUAAAAUGCACUUGUUCAGUAAACUAGGGAAGAUGGCAUCGGAUUCUGGUAACUAACCCUGUUUGUAGACAAAGCUAUUGCAUUGACAAAGUUACUGUAGUUAAUGAGUUCCCCAGAUUCAUUAACAUGGCACACGUACAGAAAACCCCAGAGCAAGAUGUAUAAAAGGAGUCAUUGUUCCUGUACUGUAAAUAUGCAACUUGGGUGAACAAACUGGAGAAAACCUUUUCACCUCAUUCUCUACUUUGGUGAUUGUGGCCAAGAAGACAGGAAAGAAAAGACAAAAAAAUCAGACUUCCAUGGCCUCCAUGAAUUCCACCCACUCUCUAAAUACAACUUUUGUGCGUCCCUCAUUUUUUUUCAUCAAUGGCUUUUAUAAUGUACCCCAUGCCAAAUACUACUAUGUUUUUUUGUGUUUUGUUUUUGGGGUCUCUGUGUUGGGGAACUCCUUUGUCAUUUUUAUUAUAUACAUAGAGCGCAGUUUUCACACCCCAAAGUAUAUGGCCAUUUUUAAUUUGGUUGUAGCUGACUUGGGUGAAAGCACUGCUCUCAUUCCGAAUUUAAUUGCAACGUUUCUUUUCAAUUCACAGUACAUCUCCUUUGAUGCUUGCAUGACCAACAUGUUUUUUGUGUUUUUCUUUUCCUGUUUGCAAGCUCUCACUCUUACUGUUCUGGCUUAUGAUAGAUUAGUGGCAAUAUGCUUACCACUGAGAUACCAUGCCAUCAUCACAAUGCAAGCAAUGACUGUGAUAUUAACAGUGGUGUGGGCAUAUAAUUCACUUUUCCUCAUUUCAACAGUGGCUUUAGUUACCAGGUUGUCUUUUUGUAAAUCCAUUGUGGUAAAAAGCUACUUCUGUGACCAUGGACCCAUAUACACAUUGUCAUGCAAUGAUAAUCUUGUAAACUAUAUCAUGGCAAAGCUAAACAUUGCAUUUUUUCUUUAUUUGCCAUUUAUUUUGACUGUACUCUCAUAUGUGUUUAUUGGUGGUGCACUGUUUAAAUUAGCUUCGUGGGAAGGGCGAUUUAAAGCCAUAAAAACUUGCUCUGCACACCUAAUGCUGGUGGCUGUGUAUUAUCUUCCAAUAAUGGGAACCUACAUUGCUGCAGCAGCUGGUACUCUUCACCCCAAUGCCAGAAUAAUCAAUACAUCACUUGCAAAUGCCAUUCCCCCCAUGUUGAACCCAAUCAUUUAUGUGCUGAACACAGAAGAGGUCAAGGAAUUCUCAAAAAGACUUUUGAAAAGAAAAGAAAAAAACACAACUGAAAUAAUUAAUCAAAUGAAGUAAUGAAUGGCUAAUGCAGAAACUCUCCUUUUAACUGUAUCACAAACUCUGCAGUUUGUGUGAGUAUAGAUUAAUGCUAUUUAAAUCAUAUCUUCUCUGUUCAUUCCAACUCUUGGUUUGUAUCUUUUUUCUAACAUUAUAUUUUCAGAUUAUUUUUACAAAACAAACAAACA